GCGGAGUUUGUGGUUUUGCCGAGCAUGUCCCGGCGGUCCGCGCGCAGCUCCGCGGGUGGCAGCCGCAGCCAGGCGCUGAGCGAGAUCCGCCGCCUGCGCGAUGCUGUCGUCGGCGACGAUGAAGACAAGAAGGUCCGGCGCAUCGACACGUACAACGCGGCCGAGUCGAGCAUCUACCAGGAGGUGACCGAGGAAGAGUAUAACGAGCUGGUCCGGAAGCGCCGCGAGGAACUGCCGUUCGUCGAGGACGACGAGGGUGGCAUGGGCUACUAUGAUGACGGCGAGGAGCAGUAUUUUGACGCCGACCCCGACGGCGACGAAGAAAUUGUCGACGACGCCGACAUGGACGUCUCGGGCAAGAAGCGCCCGAACACGGGCGCUCUCUCUAGCGCCUACGUGAAGCGCGCCAAGAAGAUGCAGCGCGCGAAACUCGGCGCUGGUGACCAAAAGAUCACGAGCAUGUUCUUCUCCAAGCCAGGUGGCGGCCAAGAGGCCAAAGCGGCGGCCAAGCCCAAACACGUCAAGCGCGAUAUUGAUCUCGAUAGCAUGCUCGAUGACCUCACGAGCAACCCCAUGGAGAUGAAACUGCCGCGGUCAGUCCGUGCAUUUCCCACCGCGCCGUCGCCCUUCACGCGCCCAGCGAGACCUGCCGUUCGCACUCCUGCCUUUUCCGCGCCGACGGCGCAUGCACGGAGCAAGCCAAAUGACGUGGCCAUGGCACACGACGACAACCACGAUGCGUUCGACGACGCUGGCUAUGAUUACGACGGUGCCGACAUCGACUCGAUUGACGAAGUGGAGCCCGCAACGAGCGAGCCUGAGCUGGUACAUUUACCAGUCGUCGAAGACGAAGUUGUUGCCGAGGUUGUCAAUGAAGCACCUCUCCAAGAGCGCAGCUUGACGAAGCGCGAGAUGCUUCUCAAAAAGGCUCGCGAGAACCGCAUCGAAGCGUCUGUUGGUGCCACGAAAGCAAUGGUCAAGCACGAGCCCGAGCCUGUUGUUGAGGCCCCGGCUGCGCCAGUUCCGGCGAUGGAUCUUGCCGUGCCUUCGAACGAAGUCAAUGAGUGGUGGAGUCGCAACGACACCUCCGACACGGCAGACGCCACGGAAGCCAACGCCUCGAAUGCUCACCUUGAGGCUGCAACCGACGAGCUUCACAUGUUUUGGAUCGACGUCGUGGAAGUCCGUGACCGCCCUGGGAAGCUCUACGUCAUCGGCAAGACCAAGGAUGGCGAUGCGUUCAAGAGCUGCUGCGUCGUCGUCAACAACCUCCAGCGCUACCUCUACGUCGUGCCCAAGAUCCCGGACCAUCUCAAGAGCUCGUACCCAACGAUGGCGGACCUUCCUAAAGACGAGCAACAGGCGCUUUGGAUGACAAUGCACCGUGAGAUCAGCACGCUCCUCAUGCCGUCGAUCAUCAAAGAGCGCAAAGACCAGCAAGAGUUUCGCACCAAGCUCGUCGAGCGCAGCUACGCAUUUGAGCUUCCGGACGUGCCUCGGGGCAAGAAUGUCUAUCUCAAGGUCAAGUACCCUGCCAAGUACGGAGUGCCAUCCCCGGACGUGUGCCAAAAGGGUGGGUCGUCGUUCUCGCGCAUCAUUGGCGCAACUGUGCGCCCUCUCGAGACGUUCCUCAUCCGUCGUAAGCUCCUCGGGCCCUCGUGGGUGCGUGUCACGGGCGCGCAACGGGUCGUCCAGAACCAAAACAGCUACUGCAAGGUCGAAUUCGAAGCCCCGAGUCCGUGCGCCGUCUCGACGCUCAUGGGGCUGCCGGCGCCGCCGCUCACUGUCAUGAGUCUCAGUUUGAAGACAUGCUGCAACCCGCACUCGCACAAGCACGAGGUUGUCGCGUUCUCUGCCAUCACAGAAAGCAACGUGAACCCGGAGGGCACGGUCUCGAAGAAGAGCCAAAUCUCGCACUUUUCUGGCAUCCGGCCGUUCAUGAGCGACAAGUUCCCGGACGGAUAUGCCCAGGCGGCACAAAAGAACGAACGAUUCCGCGCGCCGCAGUGCUUGAGCCUCGAGAUGAACGAGAAGGCGCUUCUAAGCUUCUUUCUCGCGCGCGUCCAACGGGAGGACCCGGAUCUGAUCGUGGGCCACAACUUGCACGGGUACACGCUGGACGUUUUGCUUUCGCGCAUGGACAACUACAAGCUCGGUGGGUCGUGGUCGCGCCUCACGCGGCUUCGGCGCGGCAUGCUCAUGCCCAUGAACACGGGCGAAGGCUGGAACGAGUACCGUCUCGACGACGUGUCCAACGGGCGGCUAUUUUGCGACACGUUUGUUGCUGCCAAGGAGCUUUUGACGUCGCAGUCGACCUACUCGCUCACACACCUCGUCGCGACGCAACUUCAGAAGACGCGGGUUGAGGUCGAGAUGACGGAUCUCCCGUCGAUCCUCACGUCGAGCGCCGAGAACUUUGUCAAACUGCUGCAACACACGCUGGAUGACGCCAUGUUUGUGCUGCAGCUCAUGCACAAGCUUGAGGUGCUCCCGCUCUCCAAGCAGCUUGCGAACCUCUGCGGGUACCUCUGGAGCCGAACGCUGAUGGCUAACAAGCGUGCCGAGCGCAUCGAAUACCUCCUCUUGCACGAAUUUGACGUCUCGAAGCACAAGUUCAUCGUGCCGGAAAAGUUCAAGGCCGAGAACAAGACCAAGUCCAAGAAGCGCCGCGAGGCUGCGGGGUACGCGGGCGGCAUGGUCUUUGCGCCCAAGAAGGGUCUUUACGACAACUUUGUCGUGCUCCUCGACUUCGACUCGCUCCACCCGAGCAUCAUCCGCGAGUACAACAUUUGUUUCACGACCGUUGAGCGCAACUUGCUCGAGGCAUCAGCCCCGGUCCCCGUCGAGCUCCACGCAGAAGAAAAUGAGGACGGCGUCGAGGAGGUGGUGAUGCCGAGUCACGGUGAUGUGCCAGAGCUCCCGAGCGCGACGGCUGCGGAAGGCGUUUUGCCGCAGGUCAUCAAGCGGCUCCUCGAGUCGCGCAAGCAGGUCAAGAACCAGCUCAAGGCAGAAGAAGCUGCGGGACAAGUCGAGAAGGCCAAGCGCCUCGACAUCCGCCAGCGCGCCAUCAAGCUGACUGCCAACUCGAUGUAUGGUUGUCUCGGCUUCCGCUACUCGCGCUUCUACGCCAAACCGAUUGCAGCGCUCAUCACAUCGACCGGUCGGCAGACACUUUUGCGCGCGCAAGAGGUCGCGGAGCAAGAGUGUGGCUACGACGUCAUCUACGGCGACACGGACUCGAUCAUGGUCGACUCCCGCAGUGACAAGCUUGAAGACGCGAAGCGCAUUGGUCGCGAGAUCCAGGUCCAAUGCAACAAGCACUUCAAGCUACUGGAGCUUGAAGUCGACUACAUCUUCAAGACGAUCCUACUUCUCAACAAGAAGAAAUAUGCGUCGCUCGUCGUGAAGGAGCGCAACGGCGUCGUCACGUUUGAGAAGGAAGUCAAGGGCCUUGACUUGGUGCGCCGAGACUGGUGCGUGCUCUCCAAGGGCGUCGGCAACGACAUCCUCGACGUCAUUCUUUCGGGACUAUCGCGCGAUGAGACUGUCGAAAAGAUCCACGACUACCUACGCGACCUCGCCGAGAGAAUGCGUGCCGGCAACGAGCCGCUUGAGCAGUACGUCAUCACCAAGAGUCUCAACAAGCCGCCAGAGCAGUACCCGGACAAGGCCAAGCAGUACCACGUACAAGUGGCAUUGGCGCUGCGCAGUCAAGGCAAGGCCAUCGGUGUCGGAACGCACAUCCCCUACGUGCUCUGCAAGGAAGAGGAGGCGGGGAGCCAGCGCCGCGCCUACCAUCCGGACGAGAUCAAGCGCUCGCAGGGUACACUCAAUGUCGAUAUUGAGUGGUACCUCGAAUCCCAGAUCCAUCCGCCCGUGAAUCGUCUUUGCGCACACAUUGACGGCACUUCGAGUCCGCAGCUGGCCCACUGUCUUGGCUUGGACACGAGCAAGUUUUCGCAUGCUGCACGCAACGUCGGCGACGACGAAGUGGACGAGAUCCCAAGCGUCCUCCAGCACGACUCUGACCGCUUCAAGGCCUGCGCCCCACUGCGCCUGACGUGUGCUAAAUGCAAGGAAGCCAGCGCAUUCCCAGGCGUCCUGGUCGCACGCGCCGACGGUCGGACAGUGACGGGGCUGCAAUGUCCGAGCUGCAGCGCCGCUUUCUGGGGCUACGAGGGCAACGAUGGCGAGGACCUCUUUGUACUGCUGUCCAACCGCAUGCACCUGGCGAUCCGCGAGUGCUCGAAGCGCUACUAUCAGGGCUGGGCCGUCUGCACCGACGGCACGUGUGGGACGCGGACGCAGAAGCAGUCGCUGCGUGGCCGCAAGGGUGACGCGUGCGCGAUGACUGGAUGUCGCGGUGCCGUGGUCAUGGAGUACACGGACCAAGCGCUCUACACGCAGCUCAAGUACUUCGAGUCGCUUGUGAACGCAGACCGCGCCGUGGGACAACUCGAGCCGUCGCGCCAGGAUGCCAAGUUUCUCAUUCAGGACCAGGAAAAGGCCAUUUUCGACAAGCUACGCACGCAGAUCCAAGAGGUUAUCGAGCGCAACGAUUACAACUGGGUGCAGCCGACGAUGUGGACGAGUCUUUUUUCGUGAGCCCUGAACGAAUGCUUUACGUUACCCGGCGAUAAAAUGCAUUUACUCCUUCGUGUCGAU